AUGAAUAAACCCCUAACCGUUGAGAGCGUACUCACAAGCAGAGCGCCUAUACCUCACCUAUUGUCAAAUAGGGGUCCUCAUAUGAAUGAGCUGGUGAGAGCGCACUCACAGAGGUCAAUGACCGUUAAAUUCGCUCUCGCAGGAAAGUCCGCGGUCGUUUCGCAAGAUGCGGUAAAUCUUGCGUCGUGGAAGCGCCUCCAAGCGGCGAUGCCACAAAUCGCCUUGCACAAGCGGUGUCGCAAGUGUUCUAUGUCGUCUUCGCAGCACGCGAAA